GGGAGAAAAAAAAAGAAAAGCCAACAACAGUGUCUUCCCACAUCUGACUCUGGGCCUCCCUCGGGAGCCGUUUAUCUGGACGGGGACGAACGGCAGCUCGAUGCUUUUGCGUCGCGUGCACCUGGAGGCUCACUGACUCCGGGAGAAGAAAGCCAAGGACCCUCAAACGUCUCCCUCUCCACGCGCCCCACCAUGGCCCUCCACGUCCCGGGGCUGAUCACCAUGGUCGUCUUCUACCUACUGGUGUUGGCCAUUGGCAUUUGGGCGUCGGUGAAAUCCAAGAGGAUGGAGAAAAACGCCCUCGGCGGGCAGAUGGAAGUGUCUUUCCUGGCCAAUCGGAGGGUCACGCUGGCCGUGGGGGUCUUCACGAUGACAGCCACAUGGGUUGGAGGCGCCUUCAUCAUUGGCAUAGCCGAGACCGUUUACGACCCCACGAAGGGACUAGUUUGGGCUCUUAUCCCUCUACAGAUGUCGGUUUCGUUCAUCCCCAUGCGUGACAAAAAAUACAUCACCAUGAUGGACCCGUUUCAGAGGAAGUACGGGAAAACGCUGACCAGCCUUCUCGCCAUUGUCCCGUUCAUCAGUGAGGUCUUGUGGGUGCCCGUCACGCUGAUUUCUUUGGGAGUGACCGUUUCUAUCUUUUCGGACCUGCCGCUGAGCCUCUGCAUCUGGAUCUCUGCCGCUGUGGCCAUCGCCUACACCGUUCUGGGAGGUCUCUAUUCGGUUGCCUUUACUGAUGUCAUCCAGUUAUCUCUGGUGUUUUUGGCUGUGCGCUCCCUUCGUCCUGGCAAGCGACGUCUACGCCGACUUCAGCCGGACGGCGUUCAACCACACGCGCCGGGCGCCAUGACUGGGCCGGCUGGAGGCCCACAACGUAGCAUUGGAAAUUUGGCAUUUCAGGACUUCCACCAAAGGACCCUUUCCUCGUCCUCCACCUCCACAGCCAGGAUGAUGUGUUUCAUAGCGGCCGGCCUGGUCAUCGUCCUGGGGAUUCCUCCGGUGCUGAUCGGUGCCGUCGCAGCCUCCACAGAUUGGAACCUGACCUCUUACGGGUCGCCCUCCCCUUAUGAGCGUGGGGAGGCGGCCAUGGUGCUACCCAUCGUCCUCCUGCAUCUCACGCCAACUGCCGUUUUUGUCGUGGGCAUGGGCGCCAUAGCGGGAGCUGCCAUGUCUUCCACCGACUCCUGCCUGCUGGCGGCCACCUCCAUCUUCACCACCAACAUUUACAACACCGUCAGACGUCAGUGGGUCAUCCGCAUCUGCAUACUGGUGGUGGGUGUUGCCGGGACCUCCCUCACCUACCUGGACAGUGGCGUGCUGUCUUUCUGGAUCCUCAGCUCGGACCUGACCUACACCAUAAUGCUCCCGCAGCUGGUCUGCGUCCUCUUCGUCAGGACGUCCAACGGCUACGGGGCGGCGGCGGGCUACGUGGUGGCCUUCGUGAUGAGGGUGCUGUGCGGGGAGCCGCUGUUCGGCCUUCCCGCCGUCCUGAGGUUCCCGGGGUGCGCCUGGGUGGACGGGGUCCACGUCCAGCGCUGGCCGUUCAAAACCAUCUGCAUGCUGUCCUCUCUGGGGUCCGUGGUGGUCUCCUCUUGGGCGUCUUCGCAACUGUUUAAGAAGGGGAUCCUCCCGGAGAGGUGGGACGUACUCGGCGUGAAGGCUCGGGAGGCUCUCGCCCCGGAACGGCGCUCGCCCACGCCAGCAGAUGGAGCCAGAGGGGGCGACGGUGAGAACCAGAGACUUGCCUCUGAACCAAUGCUGGAAACUCGGACCUGA